AGAAUAUCUAUAAAGCACAGCAGCUCUCAAGAUGAGUGAAACCAUUCAACUACAAUGUUACGUUCACAUGUCAUUGAGGGGCGGCCUGAAUAGACCUGGCAGUAAUCAACACCACCAUCCCGCCAGUGUGAAACAUUUAACCCACUUAACUUGCCUCUACUCACCCCAUGGGAUGGCAACUCUCAACACCUUGCACAACAACUCUGUAGCUAGCCGUGUCCAUCGUCAAGCCAAAUGUCAGCCCUCAAAGGCCUCACGGGCCUCGGAUCCAGGGCCUCACUGUACACUCCCGACCCAUCAUCCUUCGUCCCCGGCCAAUUGAUAAUCAUCUGCAGCUGGGCUGAUGCGGCACGCCAACACAUUGCCAGAUACCUAGACCUACACAAGAGCAUAGCCCCUGGAGCCCAAGUCCUCCUUAUUCAAACUGCUGCUCUUCACUUGGUCAGCCCGUAUUCACGACAACAGGCUUCUCUUAAACCUGUUGUUCGAUUUAUCCUUGACCAUCUAGAAGCAGCAACAGAGCGACAGACAGAAUCGAAAACCAAGGAGCUCAAAAUUCUGCUGCACUCCUUCUCAAAUGGAGGAGGGCUAACGGCCACCCAGCUAUUUUUUCUUCUCCGCGAAGCCACCAACGCACCUCUUACCCUUGUUGGGAUUAUCAUGGACAGUUCCCCUGACGGCGGGACAUAUAGACAGACACACAACGCAAUAGUCGUGGGCCAGCCACGCUCCAAGCUGCAGAAGAUUGGGAUUUCGCUGCUCGCUCACGCGGUGCUGAUACCCAUCUGGAUAUCGUACGCGGUGGGACGGGACGAGAAUUCGCAGACGUUGAUGCGGCGGGUAUUUCUGGACCAGGACUUAGUGGGCACGACGAAUAUAUGCUACUUCUAUUCAAAGACAGACCAGAUGACGAAUUGGAGAGAUGUUCGUACGCAUGCGGACGAGGCGAGAAGGAUGGGGUGGGCUGUGGAUGAACUUGAGUUCCAUGGAAGCUCGCAUUGUGCUCAUAUAGGCGUAGACAAGGAGCGGUAUACUGCUGCUGUAAGAAAGAUGUGGGAUGGAAUGACACGGCGAUCGAAAAUAUGAUACUGUUUAUUAAGUGAUGAGGUCUAAUUCUAUGUACAGGUAAUUGAACAGGGUCAAUUAGCCCAAGGGCUAGGCGGUUGGAUAUGACUUAGUUUACAUAAUGAGAAG